AUGUCAUUAGGAACUAAAUUAUCCAAACAAUUCGUUCGUCAUAUCUCAGACAAAGCAUCCAGAUUUGUCCCUAAAUCCGGAGUAUACCCAAAAGGAUUCGUCGUUGGUGGUAUUCAUUCCGGAGUUAAAAAAGAUGGUAAAACCUUAGAUUUAGCCUUAUUACAAAACACAUUCGGUAAAGACGCUUCAGCAGCAGCAGUAUUCACCACUAAUAAAUUCAAAGCCGCUCCCGUUCAAGUCUCUAGUAAAAUCUUGAAGGAAAAAAAAGGACAAGGUAUAAACUCUAUUAUUGUCAAUAGUGGUAAUGCCAAUGCAGUGACCGGUGUUCAAGGGAUGAAAGAUGCAGAAGAUAUGGUGCUUGUUACUGAUUCUGUACUUGAAAAUUCUCAGCAUUCCACAUUUGUUAUGUCAACUGGUGUUAUUGGAAAUAACUUACCUAUUGAUAAUAUUUUAUCAGGUAUUCCAAAAUUAGCAUUAAAUCAUUUAGGUAGUACUCAUGAACAUUGGAUAAAUUGUGCCAAUGCAAUUUGUACAACUGACACUUUCCCAAAAUUAGUCACUAAACAAUUCAGAAUUGAUGAAGAUGUUUAUACUUUAGCCGGUUUAUGUAAAGGUGCUGGAAUGAUCUGUCCUAACAUGGCAACCUUAUUGGGUUUCUUUGUCACUGAUGCCCCGGUUUCUCCUCAAGCAUUACAACAAAUCUUGAAACAUGCAGUAGAUAGGUCUUUCAACAGUAUUACAGUUGACGGAGACAUGUCCACCAAUGACACAAUUGUCGCAAUUGCCAAUGGAGCUGCUGGUGGUGAAGUAAUUGAAAGUAAUUCAUCUUCUUCAGAAAGAUAUGCAAAAUUACAACAUGAAGUCACUGACUUUGCUCAAAAAUUGGCUCAAUUGGUUGUUAGGGAUGGUGAGGGUGCUACCAAGUUUAUCACCAUUAAUGUUAAGGAUGCAUUAUCUUAUAAAGAUGCUAAAGAGAUUGCAUCUACUGUUGCCAAUUCAUCUCUUUUCAAGACUGCUAUGUAUGGGAAAGAUGCUAAUUGGGGUCGUAUUUUGUGUGCAAUUGGAUAUUCCGAUGUUUCUCAAGCAAAUUCAGUCAUCCCUGAUAGAACAAGUGUUAAAUUUGUUCCAGUUGAUGGAAGUGAACAUUUGAAAUUAUUGGUCAAUGGAGAACCAGAAAAGGUGGAUGAAGAAAGAGCUUCACAAAUUUUACAAGAUGAAGAUCUUAUUAUUGAAAUUGAUUUGGGUACUGGAGCUGGUCAAGAAGCCACUUUCUGGACUUGUGAUUUGACGCAUGAGUAUGUUACUAUUAAUGGGGAUUAUAGAUCUUAG